AGCACGGCGGUGUAGCUUUACGGCUGCUGGGUACUCCUCAGUGAGGGGUGUUCUGCUUGGGCUUUUGGGAAAAGUUCCGGGUGGGUCUGAUGUCUUUGGAAGACCCUCUCAGACCCAGAAAUGUCUGGACAGCUAAUAAGUAGAGUAUUCUUUAUUGGAGAGAUUAUAUAUUUACGAUUCAGUGAAUGAAAAUGAAAACUUGAGACAACACUGGAUUUCGCCACUGGAGGUUAACAAUAGAAAGACAUCUUCCUGUAUUGGUACCUAUGCAUUUUUGUGUACAUAUACAGUCCUCUGCCAAGAAUAUUUGGAUAAACUUAAGUGAAAUGACUCUUCAGGAAUUGGUCCAUAAGGCUGCUUCCCUUUAUUUGGACAAAAUAGCUGUGUGUUUUGAUGAGUGCAACAACCAGCCUCCAGUUUAUUAUACCUACAAGACUGUGAUUAAUGCUGCUUCAGAAUUAUCAGAUUUUCUGCUAUUACACUGUGACUUUGAAGGAAUUCGAGAAAUCGGUCUCUACUGCCAACCUGGAAUAAACCUACCCUCUUGGAUUUUAGGAAUUCUCCAGGUUCCUGCUGCUUAUGCUCCUAUUGAUCCAGAUUCACCACCAUCUUUAUCGACACAUUUUAUGAAAAAAUGUAAUCUGAAGUAUAUUCUUGUUGAAAAAAAACAGAUUAAUAAAUUCACAUCUUUACAUGAAACCUUAUUGAAUUAUGAUAUAGUCACAGUAGAACAUAAGGACCUGGUACUCUUCAGACUGCACUGGAAAAAUGCUGAGGUGAACUUGAUGUUAAAUGAUAGAAAAGAGAAACAUGCAAAAGAAAAAAGAAAAAACAGCAUGAGCUCCGAGAACAGCAUUAAAGAAAAAGAAUACAUGGAUGUGAGACUAAAGCAUUGCUUAGCCUAUGUUCUGCAUACAUCAGGGACUACAGGUACCCCCAAAAUCGUCAGAGUGCCUCAUGCAUGUAUACUACCAAAUAUUCAGCAUUUUCAGAUACUUUUUGACAUCACACAAGAAGAUGUUUUGUUUUUGGCUUCACCUCUGACCUUUGAUCCUUCUGUUGUGGAAAUGUUUGUGGCUCUAUCAAGUGGUGCCUCUCUGCUUAUCAUACCACCUUCUGUCAAGGUGCUCUCAUCAAAAUUAGCUGAGGUUCUCUUUUCCCAUCACAGAGUGACUGUUCUGCAGGCAACGCCAACAUUGCUUAGAAGAUUUGGAGCUCAGCUUAUUAAGUCAACUGUUUUAUCAUCCAGUACUUCUCUUCGGGUGUUAGCCCUUGGUGGGGAAGCAUUCCCAUCAUUGACUGUCCUCAAAAGCUGGAGAGGAGAAGGCAAUAAAACACAGUUUUUUAAUGUUUAUGGUAUCACAGAGGUAUCAAGUUGGGCCACCAUUUAUAGGAUUCCGGAGAAGAUUCUUAACUCUACUUUGAAAUGUGAUUUUCCUGUACAACUGGGAUUUCCUUUGUUUGGAACUGUAAUUGAAGUCAGAGAUACAAAUGGAUUCACAAUUCAAGAAGGCAGUGGCCAAGUGUUUUUAGGUGGCAAAAACAGAGUGUGUUUUAUUGAUGAUGAAAUAACAGUACCUCUUGGUACAAUGCGAGCUACAGGAGACUGGACUGUGAAAGAUGGAGAGAUAUUUUUCUUGGGAAGGAAGGACAGUCAGAUCAAACGCCAUGGUAAACGUCUUAAUAUUCAGCUUCUGCAACAGGUUGCUGAAGAACUUCAGCAAGUGGAAUCUUGUGGUACAUGGUAUAAUGAGGAAAAAUUAAUUCUCUUCAUAGUGUCUAAAGAUGAUUUAGUGAAGGAUUACAUCUUUAAAGAACUGCAGAAACACCUUCCAAAUCAUGCAAUCCCAGACGAGAUCGUGCUGAUUGAUAUUCUGCCAUUUACAUCUCAUGGCAAAAUUGAUGUUUCUGAGUUAAACAAGAUAUAUUUAGACUACAUAAGCUCAAAGCCUGAGAAUAAACUCAAUGGAAAAGAGGAACUUUGGGAAAAAUUACAGUUUUUGUGGAAGUCUGUACUAAGUAUCUCAGAAGAUCUUUUGAAGGUUCCUGAUGAGUCACUCUUCUUAAAUAGUGGUGGAGAUUCCCUAAAGUCCAUACGGCUCCUUAAUGAGAUUGAAGAACUUGUUGGUACAUCAGUACCUGGCCUUCUGGAAAUUAUUCUCAGCAGUUCCAUUUUAGAAAUUUACAAUCACAUCCUUCAUACAGUGUUCCCAGAUGAAGAUGUGACAUUUAGCAAGAGUUAUGCCACAAAAAGGAAACUCAGUGACACUAAUCAAGAGGAUGCCAGUGGAAAAUCUUUGCAUCAGAAGUCUUUCCUGCCUUUAAGUCAUGACAAUGAGAUAAGUGCCUUUAUUGCACUGAGCAGAGGAAGUCAGAUUUUGUCUCUGAAUACCACUAGGUUUUUAGCUACGUCAGGACAUGGCACUUCAACCUUUUCUUCUGAUUUAACUACACAGACCAACAGUGAAAAUUUGAAAAGCUUAAGUCCUCCAGCUGUAUUUGGGAAGUCAAAAGAUCCAUCUUGUGUUGAAAAAAUUUGUGAAGAGGGGAAACCUGUGACAAGGACUGAAAUGGAGUUAGGCGUGCGGUGGAGGUCAGAUACAGGCAAAUGCGUAGAUGCUUCCCCUCUGGUUGUAAUACCAGGUGACAAAUCUUCUACAACUGUGUACAUUGGCUCUCAUUCUCAUAGUAUGAAGGCGGUUGACCUUUACUCUGGGAAGGUGAAAUGGGAACAGAUUUUGGGAGAUCGGAUUGAGUCAUCAGCAUGUGUAUCUAAAUGUGGAAACUUUAUCGUGGUGGGUUGUUACAAUGGAUUAAUUUAUGUUCUGAAAAGUAUUAAUGGAGAAAAAUACUGGAUGUUUACUACAGAGGAUGCUGUCAAAAGCUCAGCAACCAUGGAUCCAACCACAGGCCUCCUUUAUAUUGGCUCUCAUGACAAGCAUGUGUAUGCUUUAGAUAUUUAUGAAAAAAAGUGUGUUUGGAAGUUAGCAUGUGGAGGAACUGUCUUUUCUUCUCCUUGUUUGAACCUGAUUCCACAUCAUUUGUAUUGUGCCACGCUGGGAGGACUUUUACUGGCUAUAAAUCCUGCUACCGGAAACAUAGUUUGGAAACACUCCUAUGGAAAACCACUCUUCUCCUCCCCACGGUGUUGCCAACAGUACAUCUGUAUUGGCUGUGUAGAUGGGAAUUUACUCUGCUUUACUCACUUAGGAGAACAGGUUUGGAAGUUCUCUACCAGUGGACCAAUCUUUUCGUCUCCAUGUACUACAGCAUCAGAGCAAGAAAUAUUUUUUGGUUCCCAUGACUUCUUUAUCUACUGUUGUAAUAUGGAAGGUCAUCUCCAGUGGAAAUUUGAAACUACUUCAAGGGUGUAUGCAACACCGUUUGUUUUCCAUAACCACAGUUGUAGCAAUGAAAUGUUAGUGGCAGCAGCAUCUACUGAUGGGAAACUAUGGAUCUUGGAAUCUCAGAGUGGAAAGUUACAAAGUGUAUAUGAACUUCCUGGAGAAGUCUUCUCCUCUCCUGUAGUCUGGGAAUCAAUGCUUAUUAUUGGGUGUAGAAAUAAUUAUAUUUAUUGUUUGGAUUUAUUGAGUGGAAGUCAAAAAUAAUCAAGUCUGAUUUCUGUGAGAUGUUUGAAAAUAUUUGACCAUGAUAGAACAUGAAGAUAGUCUUAUUUUAUAUUAAAGAUUAUAUUUUGGCUAAGAAAUGUACCUAUUAUACUUUAAGAGGGAACAAACAUUUUUUACUUUCUGUAGGAGCAGCAAAAACUUUUAGAAGGAAAGGAUAAAACAUGUCAGUAUAUUAAUAGUGCUUUCUUUUAAUUAGUUGUGAUGGUUAAUUUUGUCAAAAAAUUUUAAUUAGCCAAAGGAAUGUGCUGCUGUGGUUUAAAUGUUCCACCAAAACUCAAGGUGGAACCUAAUUCCCAUUGUGAGGUAUUAGGAGGUGAAUACUUAAUCUGAUAUGGUAUUAGUGUGGGGCCUUUCAGAGAUGAUUAAGGUUAAGUGAGGCCACAAGGGUGGGGCCCUCAUCUCCUGGGACUGUGGCUUUGUAAGAAGAGAAGAGACCUGAGCUAGGACAUUGUCUUGCCAUGUGAUGCCCUGUGCAGCUUUGGGACUCUGCAGAGAUCCCCACCAAAAAGAACCUCAUCAGAUGCAGCUAUCUGAUCUUAAACUUCCCAGCCUUCAGAA